AUGACGGCUAGAUUGGCCGGCCUUUAUUUCAUACUUGUACCGCCGACUAUUGUCAACUGCGCCUUUAACACAACUUUCUCUGCCGGCGCACCCAAUCCUCACAGAUUGAGCAUCCAUCGCAGCAUACAUACAUACAAGAUGAGCAAGCCUCUUGCGCCCGUCAAGGACAUAGACCACCUGGUGCUUACUUGCAGCGACAUGCAAGCCACCAUCACCUUCUACACCAAAUACCUCGGCAUGACACCCGAGACAUUCACCUCGGAGGCGACGCCGUCUAUUCAGCGGACCGCGUUGAAGUUUGGCAGGCACAAGAUCAAUCUGCACCAGAGGGGCAGGGAGUUUGAACCCAAGGCGCAGACGGCGCUGCCGGGGACGGCGGACCUGUGUUUUCUAGUAGCCGACGGCGUUGAUUUGGAUAGUGUUGUGGAGGGUUUUGAGAGCGAUGGUGUCGAGGUGCUUGAGGCGGGCAAGGUAGUGGGCAGGACGGGAGCAAUGGGAGCGAUGAGGAGCGUGUAUGUUAGGGAUCCGGAUGGGAAUUUGAUAGAACGUCUGGGCAAGAAGCCAAUGGUGUUUUUGACCAUGUCGCGGCCGUGGCCAUCUCCAGGCCAGAACAUCACUGCUUCACCCACCAACAUCGGUGCCCGUCAACGCCGACUUGUUGGGCCGCGCAACGGAGCUCCAAGCUCCAUCACCACUUCCGCCUCCUCCUCAUCACCACCGCCCCUCCGAAUCAUGUCCGACCCAUCGCCCCCGACAUCAGGCUGCCCCUUUUGCGCCAUCGCCGCCGCCCACGAGCCCUACGACCCCCUCCACCCGCCGUCCUCGAUACCGGCCGACCUCACCAGCCCGCCGUCCUUCAUGGUGCUCUCGACGCCCCUCGUCGUCGCCUUCCUCGACAUCAUGCCCCUGUCCAAGGGCCACCUGCUCCUCUGCCCGCGCGCCCACCGGCCCAAGCUGACCGACACGACGGGCCGGGAGUCGCGCGAGCUGGGCCACCACGUGCGCGUGCUCUCGGCCGCGCUCGCCGCCGCGACCGGCGUGCACGACUGGAACGUGGUGCAGAACAACGGCGCCGCCGCCGCCCAGGUCGUGCCCCAUGUGCACUACCACGUCAUCCCGCGCCCGGAGAUUCGCGCCAGCGGCAAGAUGAGCGAGAGCUUCACCAUGUUUGGGAGGGGGCGGCGCGCCGAGCUGGACGACGACGAGGCUGCCUCUUUGGCGGCGGAUAUCCGUGCCCAGGUUGCGAGGGUGCUGGCUGACGAGGAUGGGGGUGGUCAAGACAAGGCCAAGCUGUAG